CACAGAUCUCACCAGUUAAAGGAUCAGUAUUUUUCAGGGUUGAAAGGCCGGGAGCUGAGAUUCAACACCGAAAGUGUGAACUAGUUUAGUUUUCUCAUUUCCCGUACCACAAUGUAUCUGAAGUGUCUGCUGGUUUGUCAGCUGCUGGCCAUCCUGCUGGUGAAGGACAGCCAGGCGAUGUCCUGCAUCCCCUGCUACAUGAGGAAAUGCUCAGAAGACCUCACCUGCCCUGGAGGGAAGGUGUUGGAUGCGUGCGGCUGCUGCAUGAACUGCGCCAGGGUGAAGGACGAGCCUUGCGCUGGCCCCUACAACUACCUCGGCUUCUGUGACACGGACCUCGAGUGUGUGAAGGAAAAACCGGUCACGUUCAACAGCAUGGGAGUGUGUAAAGAAACGUUUAUCGCGAAGCUGAAGCAACUGAGGAAAUGAGCUGGAGGAUGUGAGCGAGGGACAUCCGAGAGGUGGACGGAGACCAUCGACAUCAACGAUUCAGCUAGUCGGACCGUUGAGGAUGACUAUAUAAAUAAGCAAACGUUAUCAUAAACAGUCCUGCAUUGUUAUGACAUCACUACAGUAACACUGUUUUUCAUUAUAACCUAAGAUUACUCUCCUCUGACCUUCAGAGUCCUCUGUAUCCCGGUGACACUGGGUUUCUCUGACUUUUGUAUGUCUCUGUCAUUUUUAAUACAAUUAUUUUUGUAUUAAUUCAAGUGUGCCUAUUUAUUUUCUACAUUUCUUUGUUGCAAGGAUCCUCACAAGAACACCAGGGAGUGGACACUAGAUAAAGAUCUCAGUGGAAAUGAAAGGUUUGGACAACCUAAAGUGUAUUGCACGUGUCUCUGAAGGUAUACAGUGAGGUUGUAUGUUGUUUUGACUAAUAAAGAACGGAGGGAAAAGGGGAGGGUCUUUAUAAGAGCAAGAUGUAGAAAUGUCCUAAAGGAUCUGGAUUUUGGAUUCAAGCAAUUUGUGCAUGAAAGGGUUAAAGGAGCAGGAUUGGGAAACCCAGCUCUUUGGCUUGGAGUUGAGUUGAGGGAGUCUUGGUCUUUUUCUGUGAAAUACUGAAAAACAUCAUUGGGUUUUGGAGUAAAGCUGGAUAAAAUAGUGACUCUGCUUGGACUUUUUUUGAUCUGCGACCCAAAAUCAUCUAAAAAGCAGCAGAUCUUUUUUUUAUUUAUCAGAAAAUGUUCAUUGCACAUGCUUUUUGAUCAUUUUAUGAUAAUUCCUAAAUAUUACACAACAUUAUAUUAGUAUUACUGACUGUUAGAUAACGAUCGAGGAAGUGGUCACGUGAUGAACGAACGAACGACUCGUGCCCGAAGACUCGGGAGAUGAACUAAUCGUGUAUCCCGGACAGAACCUAUAGGAUGUCGCGCAUGCGCGGUCAAUACAAAAUGAGUCGACUCGUUGUUCCCGAGUCAUAUUAAGGAUUCGUUCCACGUGAACGACACAUCACUAAACGAGCGGAACAGCGCCAAGCAAACGACCUCGUGUGAGACUGUACAUUAUUCAGUGAGACUUUUUUGAGAGGGGAAUAUAUUCAAAAUAAUUUCGUGACAUCCGAAAUCCAUUCAUCAUUUCUGUUUUCCGCCACAGACUGCAAAGCCGAAGCCUAUGAGGCGGUCCCGUUGCCCCGUACAGAACCUAUAGGAUGUCGCGCAUGCGCGGUCAAUACAAAAUCAACGACUCGCUCUCCAGGAGUCGACUCGCUGCUCCCGAGUCAUAUUAAGGAUUCGUUCGAAAUGAAUCGGGGAUCAGAAACGACAGAGAGCAAACAGAGAUAUAUUUGCUUAUUAUUACACUUUAUUUUGUGUUCUACAAACUGAAAAGCUUUCAUUCUAAGCCUAGUUGAGUUGUUAACAGGUUACUUGCUAACUAGUUAGUUAACUAGUUCUCCUCACAGGACAUCCACGACUAUGUUACUAUCUGCAGUUAUAGUAUUUUCUCUAAAGUUGCUAAUAUAACAUUAAAAAUGUACAUUUUUUUGGCUGUUGAAUUCAACUUUAAAUAUCUUUGACAUGCUAUCUUCUUGUCACCUUCAUACAAGAUCAUUAAAAUGACUGAGACAGAACACACACACACCAGACAUUGUGUAACAUCUAUUUAUUACCACCAUAGUAUGAGAAAUUUGGAAAAUACAAAGAUCAGCUCAUUUAAAUUUCUGAAUAAGAAAAAUAAAACAGGAACAUGAGGGUAUACGUGUGUAUCACGAGAGAGAGAGAGAGAGAGAGAGAGAGAGAGAAUCUACACGAAGAGAGCAAAACACUCCGAAAACUAAACGUGACGAUUUUUUAUUUUUAUUUAUUUUUUGCUUGCUACAAUUCUUUUGACAAACGCCGAUCUGUGGAGGAAGGGAAAGAGGGGAAAAAAAAAAACGGGGACGACAAAAAAAGGGGAAAGAGUGAAAUCGAGACUGCGGAGAACAGUGAGAGUGAAUGAGAGGCUGGUUUAGAGCGCCCCCCUGUGGCUGCCUGAAAGUUAGAACAGGAGGAGCAGGAUCGGCAAUCAACAUGGAAAAUAAGAAUAAUAAUAAGAAUAAUAAUAGUACAAAUAAAAAUAAUAAUUAUACGAAAAAAAAA